CUAAUAGUGUAGCGCCUGCGCAGCAUACCCAAUGAACCAGGCUGAGAAAGAAUCCAGUUAAGGGAGCCCGUGAAAUAGUAUAAUGUAACCCCAUUCACUUCCUUUUCAAGUCGUACUCCAUUUGGCAUCACGUGUUUUGUUAGUCGCCGUAACUCUCUGACUGACUUCAAGAUGUCCGGAGGAUUUGACGCCCUAUCUCUGAAGGAAGAGGACAUUACCAAAUUCUUGGCAUGUUCCACUCAUCUUGGAUCAACGAAUGUGGACUUCCAGAUGGAAUCUUACGUAUUCAAACGUAAACCAGAUGGUGUAUAUAUAAUCAACUUGAAGAAAACAUGGGAGAAGAUGCUUCUUGCUGCCCGAGCUAUUGCUGCAAUAGAGAAUCCAGCAGAUGUGUGCGUAAUUUCAGCACGACCAUAUGGACAGAGAGCUGUUCUGAAAUUUGCCUCUGCAACUGGUGCUACUCCAAUUGCUGGCCGUUUCACUCCAGGAACCUUCACAAACCAAAUCCAGGCAGCAUUCAGAGAACCACGCCUCUUGGUUGUAACGGAUCCACGUAUCGAUCAUCAGCCAGUCACAGAAGCUUCCUAUGUCAACAUUCCUGUCAUUGCUCUUUGCAAUACAGACUCACCACUGAGAUAUGUGGAUAUUGCUAUUCCAUGUAACAACAAGGGAGCCCAGUCAAUUGGUCUUAUGUGGUGGUUAAUGGCUCGUGAAGUACUCCGCUUGCGAGGAACCAUCAGCAGAGAACACCAAUGGGAUGUGAUGGUGGAUCUGUAUUUUUACAGAGAUCCAGAGGAGGCUGAAAAGGAAGAACAAGCAGCCAGAGAACGUGACCAGGUGAAAGAAGAGGCCCCAUCACAAGAGCCUUGGACUGGAGCUAGUGUUGCAGAGCAACCUUUACCAGCUGAAGUCAGUGACUGGGCUAGUGAGGCAAUCAAUGUCAGUUCAGUACCAAUCCAAUCAUAUGGAGGAGGCACUACAUCAGAUUGGUCUGCAACAGAUGCCAAUGACUGGUCAGCGCAAACUCCGGUGGGGGCUGCUGUACCUGCAGUUGCUGCAGUUCCAACAGUUCCAGCAGCUGCUGCUGCACCAACUCGUUCCCCAGGAGAUGAGUGGGGCGGGUCUGGAGCUGAAAACUGGAACUGAGUGUCCUGGUUACUAUCAAGACACAUCAAAGAAAUAAAGUCUUGUCAUAAGAUA